GAGGCCACGUGGUUACUACUAAUGAAAGUCAGGUCUCAACUAAUACAGCAAACAAAACUAGUACUGGUUUGGAAACAUCCUUGCUUCCUCUAACUUCGGACUUUCGUACCUCACUCAUCCUUCCCACUUUGACAAAGCGGUUUAGUGUAUUACGUAGAGGAGAAAAUGCAAAUAAUAAUAAUGGAACAUCAACGAAAACAAGUUCUAACACACAAGGUUCCCCUCCAGAGAUUUAUAAAUCACAAGCUCCUCAACGUUCACUACUUAGUGAAAACACCACCACUACGAAUGAAGUAUCAAAGAUAGAAUCAGGUAAUGAAAAUCAUGAAUUAUUAUCAAAUAAUUCUUCAUCUGUUACCCUGACGAUAAAAGAUAAGAACGACAAUAGUAAUAAUCAAGAAGUUAUGACAAAUGCUAGAAAAUUUUAUGAUCCUCCCUCUAGAAUUCAUGAUGAUGAUGAAAACGAAAUCAUUAAUACAGAUAUAGUUGAUGUAAAGAAUUUGAGAAGAAUAUCUUCAAAUGGGUUAUUAAUAAAUCCAACAAAGGAUCGACCAAAGUUACCAAGAAUACGACCACCGUCAAUAUCUCAAAUACAACAAUGGCAAAAUGAAUUUACCACAAUUUCUAACGCUUCGUCAUUAUCAUUACCAAAUUUUGUACAAUCAACGCAACAAAUUUCACCUACAAAAAAUUCACCAACCAGAUUAUCACCAAGAGAAACUAAUUCUUAUGAUAAUAAUGAUGAAAUAUUUCUUCAACAACCACGUUCCCCGUUAGAUAAAUUAUCAGAAGGAUUAUAUAAUCUUACAAUUCAAUCAUCACCAAAUAUCUCUCCCACUUCACCAUCACUUAGUACAAACAACUUAUCACAAACAUCUCUACGUUCAUUGGAAAUAUCACCAUUUAAUGAACGAGAGGAAAUUAAAUCAUCAAUUCAUAAAUCACCUAGUAUCAAUUCAUUAAGAAAUUUUGAAAAUGAAAAAAUUUAUAAUUCUGAUAGAGAGUCAACCACAUCAACGAUAGGGUCUUCAUUGAAAAGAAUUAGAAUUGUUUUAGUUGACGUUCGACAACCGGGUAUAAGAGAAUCAACCACUUCGAGUAUGACUAAUACAACUAAUACGACUAUUCUUUCUAAUACAACCAAUACGACCAAUAUUUCUAGCACAAGCACUUCAAAUAUUACUACGGAAUCACAGGUGAAAGAUCCAUUUCGUGGAAAAGUUACACCACCACCAAAACCGCAUCCACCUCCAUUGUCUCUUACUGAUACAUUAAUAGCUUCUGGUCAAUCAGAUAUUGCUCAUCAGAAUGCAGGAAUAAAAAAUAUAUCAGGACCACAAUUAGUUUCUACAUCGUCUAACGUUAAGACAAUACCAAUAGUACAAUUGGGUCAAAUAGAUGAUGGAAAUAAAGUUCGUAGAAAAUUCUCGUUGCGUGAAAGUGAAACUGGUAUUGGUAAAUCAUUGAGAAGGAUAAAAGAUGUAUUUAUUAGUGAUAAUGAAUCUUUAUUUGGAAAGAAACGUAUGUCUCCAAAUUCUUCUAAUGAAAAUUUAUCUCGUAAGUUUGCUUCCGAUGAGAGUUUAAAUCAAAGGUUUACCAACAAUGAAAAAAGGGGAUUUGAUUUUGUAAAAAGACGUGCAUUUAGUACACGUGAGAACAAUAAACCUAAUGAUAAAUUAAAACAAGAUAUAAAGAAUGAUUUCACUUUCAUUAUAGAUUAUGAACAAAAUAAACAAUCCAAUGGAGAUGAUAAUAUUAAUAUAGAGAAUACAAAUAUUUCGAGUGAUAGAUUAAGUACCCCUGUUAAUGAUCAUAAUAAAUGGACUGGACAACCACCAUUAUAUGAUAUUGAUGCAUUGAAAAGGCAUGCUGAAAAGAUAACUAGAUAUAGUAACAAUAAAAAAGUUGAUUAUCCAAUAAUAUCUUCUCGUCCUUCUUCACAAUCCGAUCAUUCAGGUUCCGGUUCUCUGAGAAAUUCUUCUUCUUCACUUUCACUUAUUGUAGAUCUUCCAAAUGGAUCAGAAAGUGUUCCGAGUAGUCCGAUAUCUACAUAUAGUCCGAUUAGUACAAUGUCUCCAUUAAGUGAUAUUCCAUCUGGUAGAAGUACUCCUCCUCAAAUAUCUCCAAGAAAUCCAUUACGACAAUCUGAUAAAAAUCGUGUUAAAUAUUCUUUUGGAAGUCAAAAUAGUACGUCUGACGUUGGUAGUGAUGAUAAGAGAGAUUCGAAAGAUAGUAGAGCUUCUUCCUCUUCACGUUUUAUUAGAUUAAAGAAUAAAGUAAUUCGUCGUACUAUUAUCAUCACUAAACCAUAUCUUCCUCUUUUACCUGAAGAUCCUUCUUCUACUUCGACUUCUCCAUCGUUUCCAAUUCCAAAAUCUAGUUUGAAAAAGAAAAAAGUUGAUGUUGAAGAUGGGAAAAUUUAUGUCGCUUCCGAUGGUCGUCAAUGGUUUCUUUCAAAAAAUACAUCAAAUGAUGAUGAAAAAGAAAAGGAAGAAAUAGAAAUUAAAAAUGAGAAUGUUGAUGAUUCAAAACUAUUAAGCGUUUCUAUUUCAAGAACAUCAUUAAGUGACCGACCUCCAACUCCUAUACCUUCUCCUAAUACAAGAGAAAGUGCCAUAGAUUUACCUUAUGGUAUUCCGAUACCACCAAUACCAUCUCCGUAUAGAAAUAGUGUAAUUUCAAAAGGUUCAAAGCGUACAAGUAAAUCUAGUAUAGCUUCUUCAUUAAAAUCAUCUUCAAGUAAAUUUAAUAGAAAAUCUAUAGGUAGUAAAAGCAUUUAUAGUAGUUACGGCGAAAGUCUAUAUGAUUAUUAUUAUUAUAGUGAUCAAGAAGGAGCCGAUGAUGAGAACGAUAAUAGUUCUAAUAAUCUUAAUACGAAAAGAAAACAAUUGGAAAGUCAACAUGUUGAAGUAUUAGAAAUGUCAGAUGGUUCAUACGUAUGGCAAGUUGUAAAUGGUUUACGUGGCGAUGAUAUGGAAGACCGUUAUAGUUAUUAUUAUGGUGGUGCAAAUACGGAUAAUGAUGAUGAUUAUCUUACUAAUUCUCAAAUUUGGCCACAAGACUUUGGUAGAUUGAAUUAUGGUGACCUUGAAGAUGAUCAAGUUUCUCAAUUAUCUUUUAAUGAUGAUAAUAAUGAAUCAAUAUAUGGUCAUUUAGAUUAUUAUACCGCUGAUUACCCAAGUCCUUUACAUCUUCCUGGCGUUGAACCUCUAUCUAAACAGAAUCAAUAUUUAACUCCUGAUAGAAUACCUUCUUCACGUAGUAGAAGCCCAGAUAGGUUAAUCAAUGAAGAGUAUUCUUAUUCUAAUGCUUCAUCAAUUUCUUCUAAAGAUGAGAAAUUUAUACCAAGAACGAGUGUAUAUUUUGCUAAAGAUGUUCCAUUGCCAAAGUUAUUAGAAGAAAUGACCAGAGGUUUAGAAAGUGUCGAUUUGGAUAGAGAAGAAAACCAUUAUGUGUAUGGUGGUGAAAUAAAUGCUGGUGGUACCGGUGUUGUUGGUGGAAUGACUGUUGAAGAAAAAUUGGAACGAGUUAUGAGAGCUCUGGGUGUUGAUGACAGAGAUGUUUAUGUUGACGAGUAA